GGCAACUCGAUCAGCUUCAAGGUUCGCAUUAUUUGCGGUAUUGGGUGAGAACACUGGCGGUGAAGCAACUCGAACCUGAGAGACUCCUGGGGCCUGCGGCAAGCUUACGGAUACAUGUUGGGGAAUUGACCGUUGCUGCUUGAGCUGGAAACUUGCUCAGUUUGGCACGCUCUCAUGGUCUCGUCCGAGGAUGACUGCGCCAUUGAGCUUGCCGACUGCGCGGGACUUGUGCUGCGCUGCUACUGCAGUAAUCGCUCUUCGUGUUAAGAUGGCCACCCCUCACUCCUCCACUACUUCUCACAUCCGGUUGUUACCAUGGAUUCCAAGGGAGUCUCGGUUUCCGCGAACCCUUCCACCGAUUUUUCCUUCCAAGAUUCUUCCGUCUCUACGAAACCGUCGAAAGAUGACUUCUCUGUCCUGUCGUCCGAUCUCGUCUCGGAGAAGCCUCCAGAGACGACAGAAGCGAUAGACGUGGAGAAAGUCCCUGCAGCAGAACCCACUCCACCUUACACAACAUUCUCUCCUUCCCGUCAAAUUGCGAUUAUCUUGAUAGUAACUGCCGCGGGAUUCUUCUCCCCAUUAUGUGGCGCAGUGUAUCUUCCAAGUUUGAUAUUGUUCGAGAAGAUAUUCAAGACAACAAGCGCAGUGAUCAAUGCGUCAGUGAGCGUAUACUGGGCCGUCUUCGGAAUAGCCCCACUGUUUGGUGCAGCGGCAAGCGAUUAUGGAGGUAGAAAAACGGUCUACGUGAUCUCCCUCGCGGUUUUCCUGGUCUCAAAUGGACUUCUUGCGGCCCUGCCACCAACUCUGGGUGGCCUUUUCACGCUGCGUGUGUUCCAGGCUCUUGGCUCGUCCAUGGUCACUUCGAUAGGUGCAGGCACAGUGGCCGACGUGACCGAACCGGCGAGAAGAGGAUCGCGAAUGGCUAUCUUCCUCCUAGGCCCGCAACUUGGUCCGCUGCUGGGCCCGCUCAUUGGCGGUCAAUUUUCGGAUGAGAGUCGGUGGAGAUGGAUUUUUGGCUUCUUGUCCAUCGCAUGUCUUCCAGUCUAUCUUCUCAUUCUAUUUGCUCUGCCCGAAACUCUGAGAUGUCUCGUCGGUAAUGGCAGCGUAUACGCCGGCAAGGGGUGGUUCGCAAUACCGAAACUGCGGCAGAAGCAGCUGGUGGACAACAACGAAUACCCCAAACCUCCACGACCGACAUUCAAAGGCCUGUUCAGCGUUCUGCUGUUCGUUCCAAACUGUAUCGUCAGCUUCGCAUCCGCGUUCAACUUUGCUGGUCUUUCCAGUAUGUACGUCGUAUUCCCGAGAGUAUGGCAGCGGAUGUAUGGCUUUAGCGGAAGCGAGACCGGGUACACCUACAUUGCUCCAGGUGUCGCAAUCAUCCUGUCUUCUCUUCUGGUUGGUCGACUCUCAGACUUGCUCCACCGGCGGUACAAGGCGAGAAACAAUGGCAGCUCUCCCCCGCCGGAGAUGCGAGUGGACAUGCAGGUGUAUGCAUACAUGCUCGCUGCGGUGGGAAAGGUUCUGUUUGGAUGGUUUGUCUUAAAACAUUACCACGCUGCUGCUAUCUUGAUAGCUACCGCCAUAGCCGCGGGAGCUACAGGCAUGAUCAAUGUACUGUGCACCAGCUAUCAGACAGAAUGCAUGCCGACAGCGGCAGCAUCACUUGUCGCGCUUUCGGCCAUGCUGCGUAAUGUGGGUUCCGCAAUGGCUGCUGCCAUCAUUGACGCGCUCCUGGAGAAGAUGGGGUACGGUUGGUGUUUUACUGGGCUUGCGAUUCUAGACAUAGUCUGCAUCACGGGUCUUGUCUUCAUCAGGCUGCGAGGGCAUGUUUUCCGAGAGAAGCUGAAUGCUUCCAACCUCGGUGUAAGCCCGCUGGCACCGAAGCCAUGAUUCUGGAGGAAGAUUGCGGCCACCUUUGCAUGUGUACAUAAUUUUCGCGCACUUUUCUUCCUGCACAUUGAGGGCUCCUUUCAUAGAACACCUAUACAUAGCGGGGUUUCGGGGGAGGUCGGAGCUCCAUACUCGGACACGGUACCCGUAGGAACGGGUUUAUGACAAAGUAACAUCUAUCGUACCCAUUUAGUUCGUUGCGCCUUUGCAUCAUGUGUUUCCACAUCUUAUAAAACGCAAGGUGGCAUCGUCAGGCGUUGGGUUGAAGAAUGUAAGGCGAUAC